AUGUAUCACCGAGUCGGAGUCACCCCCAAAGACCAAUCCGCAUUACGCUUCGUAUGGCGCACUCCAGGCAAUGAUGAACCGCUCCGAACACUACAGAUGACGACGCAACACGCAGUAAACAGCAAUUCUCAAUUCCCAGCCGUAGCUAAAAAACUCGUCGACAAUUUCUACGCAGACAACUUAAGCGAAUCGUUCGAAACCGAAGAGGAAGCCAUCCUCUUCUCAAAACAGGCCGUCAAGUCUCUCGCGUCCAGAGGCUUCCGUCUAACGGCGUUUGCUUCCUCAUCCCGACGCCUUUUAGCCUCCAUUCCAGCUUCAGAACGAUCGAACAAGUCACUCAAUUUAGAUUUCGACAAAUUGCCGAUUGAAUACUUGCUCGGCCUCGUAUGGGUUUGCGACGUCGAUUGCUACCGUAUCCGAAUCCGGCCAAUGGAAAUGGCCACAUCGAAGCGUCAAAUGCUGUCCGCAAUGUCCCGCACUUUUGACCCAUUAGGCAUCCUUCUACCCGUUAUCACUCAAGCAAAAAUUCUGUUUCAAGCGACAUGGCGAACAACCCAAGAACGCGUACCGGCCCGAAAAUCUGGCUCUCGUUUAGAAGCACUAGGUUGGGACGAAACGUUGCCAGAUGGAAUCCUGCUCAAAUGGAAAUCUUGGUCCAAAGAGCUGCCAUUGUUAGAAAAAAUCUCCAUCCCACGAUGUUUCAGAACGGCAGAUCUCCCCCUAAAAGAUAGCCAGUUCGAAUUGCACCUAUUCUCAGACGCGUCGUCCGACGCAUUUGGCGCAGUAGCGUACCUUCGAACCAUCGCCAAGGGAAAGAUUCAUCUGAGCUUUGUUCUUGCUAAAGGCCGAUUGGCUCCUUUAAAGUUACACUCUAUCCCCCACCUCGAGCUCCAAGGCGCAGUCACCGCUGUUCGACUAGCAAAAACGAUUAAAAGUGAAUUGCGAUUGCCCAUUGCAGAAUACUAUUUCUGGACGGACUCAGAAAUAGUCCUUCGCUGGAUCCAUUCUUCCCACUGCAACUAUUCCAGCUUUGUCUCACAUCGCGUCGCCGAAAUUCUCCGGCAUCAGAACCAGAACAAUGGAGAUUCAUAUCCGGAUCAAAAAAUCCCGCCGACGACUGCACGAGAGGAAUGUCCCCCUCCAAGCUAG